UUAGUUUCGCGUUGGCGGGCAACACAGGCGGAUGUGUGUGCUUUUAAAAGUAAAUUCUUGUAUUGAAGUGAGCGAACUCCUCUUAUAAGUAAAAUCGGUCAAGUCGCAUGAGAUUUUUCCCUCAACUUUUAUUUAUGCACCGUGAUCGUAUUUGGACAGCUAAAGGAGAUCACUGAGAGACCCAUUUUUCAUACUCUUUUUUUUAUUAUUCCUCUCGAACUUUAGCCACCAAACAGAACUAAUUGAAUUUCAUGUGCCCAAGUUUGGUGGAUGUUGUGUGGUGGAGAUAGAGAGCCCACAGGGAAAGAAAGAGGUUGAAGUGAUUGGUGGUGUGUGCGUUAAGAAGUUUGAAAGUGUUACAAGAGCAUGAAUUGAUUUUUUUUUCAACUCAACCACAGCGCAGCAUCUCGAUGCUCAAGAGAUCUGUAUUAUUCAUCCAAAAGUGAUGCCCACUUCCUUCACCUGAUUCAUUGUUGGGGCUUAAUGAGUGAAAAUACUUUGAGUUAUAAUUUUUUGUGUGGUUUAUCCUACAAUUGCAUUACCGUUAGAACUUGUGUGUGAUAGCACAUAAGAAACUUUUUCCAAGACGUUCCAAUUGACGCAAGAGACGAUCGAGAUUUUGUAGUUGAUCUCAAAGAAAACCAGUUAUAAAGCAGCAAAAGAAAAUACAAUCGCAUCACAAUCUGCAAAAAAGGCAGUUAAAUAAUAAUGGAGGUAGCCAUCGGUAACGCGGCCCCACCUUUCCAGCGAGAAGUACGAGAGUGGCAGCGUGUGGAUCCAAAUACGGGAGCCUUGCUUACGGGUCGAUUGGAGGCUGACCGAUGGAUAAGGGAUCACAUGAACACUUAUGGAAAGGUGGUUGAUUCACAGAAGGUGUCAACGCCAAAUGGUACUCACCACACACAGCGCAAGCAGCUGGAGGUUCUUCAGGCUAGGACAGCCACCGGGGGAGCCAUGCAGGUCGUCCGGUCACAGACAGUUCACACCUCCUCAUCACGGUGGAAUUCAUCCUCAAGCAAACAAAAUGGAAUAAAUGGGACGUCGAAUUUCACAUCAACCCAUUCGAGCCCACUCAGCUUUCAGCAUAAGAAAUUGCACGGAGAGACACAACCGAAGACUGUAUCUCCUUAUGCGCCAGAGCCCACAUUGUCCGCAUCAUCAUCGAUGAAUUCCACGUCGUCGCCAUCAGCAGCCAAUUGUGGUGUGGGUGGCCCGCGCAAACAGCUGGAUUCCAAUGAAAGAGAAACUGCGGCACUCAAUUCGCAUGGGGCGCUUAAUCGCGGAAAGAGUGUCUCGAACGAGGAUUUGGCCGAUGAUGAUCUCGAGCCGUGCGAGUGGAAGCGCGUGAGUAAAAUCCGGCGAUCGCUUCAGUAUCCAAAAGUCACCAGCCCGGCCAAGUACAGCUCGCGACCGUUGGAUUUACCUGAGAACUUAGUCAGCGUCUCGCGAAUUCGCCAAGAGCUCGAGAAUGGGCGUCGUUUGGAUCGUGCAAUGCGCAACAAUCACGUCGACCUUGCAGCUUUAGACAGUAUUUUAAAAGGUGCUCCAGACCCAGAUCACAAAUCCGAGACGAAGACACCGAAGAAGGCAACCUUCAUUACGGCGGAAUCCCUCAAGGAAAUUCGCGGGAAAUUACGGAAGUUGAGUGAUGAGUCGCUGUACAAAGACGACAUCCUCGUGCAGAACGACGACGAAGUGAAGACGAACGGAGAGCCCCAGGGGCAGACAAAUGGUCAUCAGAGCACCAUGAAUGAGUCACGUACUGAUGCAAUGCAGCAGGCAUCGACCUACGCCACACACUUGGCCACAACAACACCAAGUGGUGGCUUUGUAUUUCGACCGAAAGUCACCAUGGCGAAUGGGAACAGCAACAGCCUGCAGUCACGCAAUAAAAUCAAAGAUUUGGCCACAAAUGAGUGGCACUACCGAAGAAAGUCGUAUGGUUUUGAGAAGAUGACACCACCACCGGAGUCCAUGACGUCGCGCAUGGAAGCAUCCACGGAUAGUGGGAUUGGGCGAUCUGGUGAAAUUGCCGCUUCGUGGUCACCAACGGAAAACACCACCCGCGGUACGGUGAUCACAUUAGCUGGAGACGACGGCAAGGAAGCUCUCGGGAAGUCCACGAGUGUUACAAUCCUCAGCAAUGGUGGUACGCAGAUUAAUAGCGUGAUCACACCACUACGACCUAGUUCAGUUUACUUCAACAGCAAACCCGAAGACACCAAGAGGCAUUCAAUUGCUGUAGAUGAAAGUAAGUACGUCAAGGACUCUGUUAGGCGCUCUUUUGAUCCCACGCCAGCUAAGACAUCAUCAAUCCACAUCAAUGGCACUGCGGCUGAUGCCAAGAUUGACGAUGAUCUCAAAAAGGGUCAGAAAAGGGUUGAAUUUUGCAAAACUGAAGUACAUUUUGCUGCUGAAUCGGGGAGAGUUAAUAUCAUUGAGACGGAUGGGAAACCCCCACCAAACAAUAACUUCCGACGCCGACGACGAUCAUCUGGUGGGAGUAUUGGAUCAUCGUACCUUGAAGCAAUUAAAUCCGGGGUUCCCCUUACACAUUUUGGGGAUUCUGAACAACCAGCUGCUGAUCAAGUCAAGCCAACUCCUCCUACCUUGCCGGCACCUGAACAAGAUACUUUCCCCACGGUCACAACGACAACGGUCUCCACAGCAACUGCAACGACAACGAAUGGCGUGAAGAGCCCCAAAGAGGAGGAAGAUGACUCAAAUGAUGAAAUUUCUCUUCGGGGAAUCCUGAAGAAUAAACCAAUUAAACCGAGACCGUAUCAUCUUGGGGAGAAUAUUGAGAACAGCGAAAGUUUAUGGGGUGUCCGCUUGAGACCAGUUUCAACAGAUUGCACCCUUUGGACUAAGGAUUCAUCUCCUGUUCCCAAGGAGAUCGUUGAGAAGACACCUCAGCAAAUUAAAGAUGAAUCAGACUGCAAUUCGGGCUUCCUUUCGGAUUCCAAUGAGUCUGUACGAAGUGUUGCUGAGCGUGUAAGAUUGGUGGAGAAACUCCGUAGCAAGGAAUCACCAACCGGAUUUUCCACCAAAGUCAACCUAACGAGCUCUCAAUCCUUCAAUUGGCCACUCAGAGAUGAUCCAAUGCCACAAUCGCGAUUCACGGUUCAUUUGACUGAUGGCGAAAAUGAGGAGGUAAAUGGGAAAUUUGGUGGAUUUGAGAAAUCUCACGAGCACACAGAUAGCUCCCUCAAGUCCACCACCUUGAUUAUGAAGACACUCAAAUCAGCCCAGCAAUUUGAUGAGGCAAUGGCCAAAUUGGCAUCCGUCAAUCCCGCCAUAAUUGUGCCCCAAUCCAAGUUGUCGCCCAAAGACAUCCCCGUCAGUUCAGGUGGUUUCGUGUCCACCAGCUACUCCGUGGCCAAGUCCAACAGUGCCAGCAAUAUUUUGGGUUCUGUGGCGAAGCUCAAAGUGAAAGAGCGCUACUCGUCGUCAUUGGAUGGAAGCGGCGACUAUGAGCGUCGUGAUUGGAAUUUUGACGAGAAGCCCCAGAGCUCCAUAAGUUCCCUCCUCACACCACGAAGAUCAUCAAUCACGGACACCCUUGAUGGGCAAAUGGGCUCAAAGAGAAUUGCAGAAAGGCACCCAAUUGCAGCGCCGAGAAUAAAAAAGUUGGGCAACUCUAGUGUCCUUAGUCAGCUGUCGCAGCUCAACAGGAUGUACGAAGCUGCUGGACAGGAUAGUGAUGGUAGUGCCCAAGCUGAUGAGGAAGUUAAUUCAAUUUUUGGCCAAUCAAAUAGAGCCUCAUCCGAAGAGAAGAACACCUCAAUGCUCUCCGGCAGUUGGAGCCGUUUAAGAACCAAACGCAAUUGCACGAAGCAAAUCUCUCCCAAUUAUGCACAAUUAGAAAACUACAAACCAAGAGUUUCAACGACAAAAACAACCGAUGUGAUUCAUUCUAAUCUCCUUUCAAUUCCUCUUCAUUCACCAACAAAUUCUCUCACGAAACCAGCAUCCAGCAAGGUUGAUGCUUCUCUUAUCAACAACACACGAACGACAAGUCCAGUGAAAACAACACCAAUCGCAAUACGAAAAUCACUACCGACAUCCGACAGAGCGCCCAUCUUGCAGGAGAAACCGAAGAGUGUGCAACAAGAACCACUUCGAUUAGUCAGUGGUACACGAAAAUUACGUGAUCACGAGCUCUCGUACUUUGGUGUAAACACCCAGCGUGCUUCCACAUCAGUCUCAACUAACAAUGAAACUAAGAAGGGAACUAAUACGGCAAAGACUGAGACGGUGGUGAGCAAGUGGAAGUGGGACGAGAAGACGGAUGUGCAGCGUCAGAAGCACAAUGAGCGCCACCAGAGGGAACCAAUUUACGAAAAUCUCAAAUAUCACACGAAUCAAACGAGCGUCAUUCAACGACAUCCCAAUUACGAUCGCGAUCAAGAUAUUCUUGACGAACUCAAUAGAGCAGCUGAUGAGAUCUUGAGUUCGGUUUCAAAGAAUCACGAAGCUGAUGAAAGUAAAUCUCGACGGAGAAUCCAGUCAAAGCCACUGGAAACGAUUACAGAAGUACGAACAUCCACACCGAUUAAGUUGGUUCAGUCGCGUGGGGUUCAGGUAUCGCGUGGGAGUAGCGAAAGUAUCCGACGAAGUGGCGUAGCCCGUUCAUCCUGCCGCGUCUCUUCGGCAUCAUCCUCCGAGAGUAUCCCACGACAGAUCCCGUCAUCGAGUGUGCGGGCAUCUACGCACAGUUCCAGCUCCAAGAGUCGCCACAGCAGCAGGAGCCACGAUGAUGCAUCAUCAACGCGAUCAAGCAAACGUCGCGUGACGAGCAUUACUGAGUGCCGGCGCCUUCAUCGUACCAGCAGUAGGGACAAUGUCCCAUCGCAAGCAAGUUCCUCUGAGGAUGUCAAUGAACCCAGACGUCCGAGACGACUGAAAGUCAAGGAGAAGCCUGAAAGUUCGGUGCCUGUUGAAAGCAAGCGAUCUUCUGGCUCCUCCAAGCAUUCUUCAUCCCGACGUCACCUCAAGACGGAUGCUGUGCCCUCCAGAUCAAGCAGAAGCACUUCAGACCAACAUCAGAAAAUCCGUGUUAAAUCUGGCAUUGUUACCACAACGUAUGUAUUGCAAUCUGGUGUGGUUCCGCCACCGCGACACAAAAGGCGUCGGAAGGUGGCCCGGCGCAAUUCGUCGUUACUUUUGAAAAAACGAGAAAUGAAAAAUUCUUCCAGAAUUGGCAGGAAUUGUAUUUGUUCGUAGUGGCACGGGGAUAGAUUUUUUUUGUUGUAGAUGAAAUUGAGAGACUUUCAAACCAAAAUUAUUUCUUUAAGAAAAAAAGCAAAAGAAAAGAAAUUCUUUGAAGCGAGAUUCACACGAUCAGCAGAUUUUAGGUAGAUUUUCAUGCAAUUUUGUCUCAUAAAAUAGAACUUCUUUUGCAUGUUGCAAUCAUUAUUAGUUUAAUCAUGGACUUAUGGGUUUCUCUGUACAUUAUGCAAUUCAACAUUCAUUGGCAUUUUAUUUAGAUCAUUUAUUUUCAAAAAUUCUUUAUUGAAUUCUCUGUAUGUUCUAACUAUUUAACUCUUUUAAAAAAUAUUUGUUAAAAAAAUCAUUCAUUUUUCAUUGGAAAAUUCAUUUUCUCUUCAUUCUUCAUGAAGUUCUGGAAAAAAAAUUCUUCAAUAAGGGGGUUAAAUAGUUGAAAAUAAAGGCGUUUUAUUAAUUAGGAAAAAAGAAUUUAACAAAAUUAAUAUUAGUUUUCUGGUAUCUCGCUGUCUUUUAAAAUUUACAAUUCUCAACUAAAAGUUAUUGAAUGAUCAAAUUUUUCAUUUCUCGGUAGAAAAUAACCGAAUAAUGU